GCAGAAAACACCAAGACAAACAGCAUACACCAGACAAGAAUCAAUUCACAAGACCAUCCAUUAGCAACCAUGAAGGGCAAGAAGGAAGACCCCAACGCGCAGCCGAGACGGGGCUCGCAACCCAAGGCGCCCACCGGGCUCAGUGACGAGACGGCCGUCGAGACUCACGACCUGAUCCACAGGGCCGAGGAGGAGGAGCAGAAGAUGCACGGCUCUCAUGCUCUGACGCAGCCCGACUCUGGACCUAGCGAGGGCAAGACUGCCGGCCAGCAGCACCAGUCAACAAUGGAAAAGGUCAAGAAAGCAUUGCACAUGGAAAAAUAA